AAUUGAUUAACAAUUAUAAUGGAAGAAUUAUUUAAGAAAAUAGUAAAUCCAAAUAAUCCAAAAAUAUUGGCAGUGGGAAAAAAUUAUGUAAAACACGUGUAGGAAAUGGGAGGAGAUGAACCACCAAAAGAGCCUAUAAUAUUUCAAAAACCAUUUACUUCUAUAUUUUUGGUUGAUAAAGCAUAAGUAUUAAAAUUACCUGAGCUUGGUCAUGAAAUACAUCAUGAGAUUGAAGUAUAUAAAUAUAUUAUAAAUUAAGCUUGGUUUCAUGAUUAGCAAAUAAGGAAAGAAUAUUAAAAAAGAGGAUUGGAAUGAAUAUGUAGGAGGAUAUUUUCUUGCUUUGGAUUUAACAGAUAGAGAGCUUUAAGCCCAUUUUAAGAAGUAAGGAUUUCCAUGGGAUUUAUCAAAAGGUUAGGAUCUCUUUUUUCCUAUAAGUAAUUUGAUAGGAAAGGAAAAAAUCUAAGAUCCAUAUGAUUUAACAUUGGAAUUAAGAAUUAAUAAUAAUAUAGUUUAAAAAGAUAAAACAAGUUCUAUGUAUUACAAGAUUGCAGAUUUAAUUUGUUAUAUUUCUAAAUUUAUGACUUUAAAUCCUGGUGAUUUGAUAUUAACAGGAACUCCUCAUGGUGUAGGUCCAUUAAAAGAAGCUGAUUAAUUAAUUGGAAUGUUGAAAUAAAAUGAUACAAUAUUGGCAUAAAUUGAUUUGUUGAUUUAAUGAUUGGUAUA